UGUUUUCCCAGUUUCCCAUGCACUGGGACACCAGUUUGUGCUGAGAGCUGGAACUCUGCACUGGGAGCAGGGGGUUUAAUUUUAAAAUAUUCCUAAAAUAUUCAGUAGGAUUGAGGGUCUGGCCUGGCUGGGAGAGGGGUGGGAAUUCCUGUGGAUCUCUGUAUCCCCUGGGGAAUGCCCUGCUGGGAUUCCUGGGUGCACUGAGUCGAUCUGAGCUCGUUAAUCUUCCCCUUGUGGGUGUUUUUUUAUCCCUGGCAUGAUCUCCCAUCCACACCUCGGAGCUGUCCUGCCUGUCCAAGCCGCAUGAAAACCGGGAAUCUCCAUCAGAGCCGUGGAAACUGGAGUGAACUAAUCAUUCCUUGGGCUGGGAUUGGUUCUGGGGGCCAAAUGCUGGGCUUGCUGCUGCUCCCCUGGCUCAGCUGGGAGUUCCUGCCCAGCACUGAGGAGAUUUGAAGAUGCUGAGUGGGUUUUUGCUGUAGGGACUCUGCUGGAGCUGAUUUCCAGGUUAUCCUGGAAAGAAGGGGAAAAAGCAGGAUCACAGACAUGGCAGAGCUCUGGGGGUUGGAGAUUUUUGAGUGGUUUAAAUUCCUCUUUUCCUGCCUCUUCCUCUCUGAGCUGUUUGGUUUGUGUGGAUGGAAGAGGGAGGCAACAGAUCCCCAAGGAUAAUGAUUGGGAACAUCCUGCUGAUGUGGAAUUGCAGUUUCCAGCCUGGAUGAGAAUCCAAAGGCUUCAAUCCCAGUUCACUUGGUGCAGUUUCCCUGUUCUCCAGGCAAAAAAAAAAAAAAAGGGGGGGGGUUGGAUUAAUGAGAAACACUUUCCUGUCUCUUCCCAGGGCCACGAUGGGCGUCCUGGAAUAUUGGGGUGUUCAUCUGCAUCCGCUGUGCCGGGAUCCACAGGAACCUGGGAGUUCACAUAUCCAGGGUCAAAUCCGUCAACCUCGACCAGUGGACGCAGGAACAGAUUCAGUGCGUGCAGGAGAUGGGGAACGGCAAAGCCAAUCGUCUCUACGAAGCCUACCUGCCCGAGAACUUCCGGAGGCCCCAGACAGACCAAGCUGUGGAGAGUUUUAUCCGGGAUAAAUACGAGAAGAAGAAAUACAUGGACAGAAGCAUUGACAUCAACGCCUUCAGGAAAGAAAAGGAUGACAAAUGGAAAAGGAGCAAUGAAUCAGAAAGAAAACUGGAACCCAUCAUCUUUGAGAAGGUGAAAAUGCCUCAAAAGAAAGACGAAACGCAGCAAUCCAGGAAAAGUUCCCCCAAAUCUGAGCCAGUCAUGGACUUGCUGGGCCUGGACGCUCCGGUGACAACGCCCGUCACCAACGGCCGGCCCAGCAGCCUGGAGAAGGAUCUGGACCUCUUUGCAUCCGUGGGAUCCAGCUCGGACUCCAGGAGGGUCGUUGGCUCCAUGCCAACCUCUGGAAGCGCCGGCUCUGUUCCUGAAAACCUGAAUCUCUUCCCGGAGCCUGGAGGGAAAGGGGAGGAAGUGGGGAAGAAGCAGCUCUCCAAAGACUCCAUCCUGUCCCUGUACGGCUCCCAAAUGUCCCAGGUGCCAGCUCAAGGAGCGAUGUUCAUGGCGCCGGCUCAGCUGGGCUACCCCGCUGCUCCCUACCCUGGCUUCCCUGGAGUGCCCCCUUCCAGCAGCAUGAUGGGGGGCAUGGUGGCCCCAUCCAUGGGGCUGCUGGCCCAGCCCGGAGCUGCAGGCAUGGUGGCACCCAUGGCCAUCCCAGCAGGAUACGUGGGCAACGUGCUGGGCGUUCCCAACGGGAUGAUGGGGGCCCAGCAGCCCGGCUACGUGGCCGGAGUGGCUGCGGUGGCCCAGCCCGUGUACGGGGUGCAGCCGGCACAGCAGCUGCAGUGGAACCUCGCCCAGAUGACCCAGCAGAUGGCUGGGAUGAACUUCUACGGAGCCAAUGGAAUGAUGGGCUAUGGACAGUCCAUGGGAGGAGGAGGAGGAGCCCAGGGCAGCAAUCCCUCCCUCAGCUCCCCGCUGUGGAAAUGAGCGCUUGCUCGCACGUGACCAUUUCUGCCUUUGUUCUGUUCUCCAAACCCGCUCCAUGAGACAUUCAGGGUUUUUGCUUUCGGGUUUGGGGACCCAGCCCAACCUGAAUUUUUUUCCAUCCCUGAGCUCCAUCUCUGCCUUUCCACUGUCACAGCCACGGGGCCAGCUCGGUGGCCAGGCCGCGAGCGCCCUGUUCUCAGCACAGUCAAUGCACUCGGGGAGGGGAUCCCUCCCUGCACAAAGUUCCACCAGAGCUCCUGGGUAGCACUUCAUGCCCUGCUGGGCACCUGGGUACAGGUGGGACUGGCAAAUCUGGACUGCAUCCCGCCCGGAAAGCCGGGAUUUCUCACUUCAACUCCAGUGUUAGAAUUUUUUUGUGGGGGGGAAGAGGGGUGGGGAACAUCGUUUGGUGCUGAGGAACUGGAUUUAAGCUGAGCCCAGGGGCAAGCAAGCCUUGCUACCUCCUUCCUCCAGCGGAGCUCUCCCUGCUCCCACCCUCCUUGGAACCAAAGUCCUUGGGAAAAGCCCUCUCCCACCCCUCCUGAGCAAGCAGGAAUCUCGCCCAGAGUGGGGGCAAAGCCGAUGGAAUGUGAAAAACUUGCACUCCAGAGUGAAUUUUCUGGCUGGUGUUGGGAUUUGAUGGAAUUCCACUUCUAACAAUCAAUCUAACCAGAGUUAAUUCUCUGGGGCCCAGAGCCCUGUGCAAGUUUUCUUACACUUUAAAAAAUGACUCUGACAUCCUAAUUUAUACUUUUUUCUUUUGUUUUGUUUUGUUUCAUUCUUGUUGUCGUUCCUGUGUAAAAUCCUGGUUCUCCCCUUUCCUGGCUCGCUUGGGACAUUUUAAUCUUAGGCAUAUUUCUUUUCUCAUCUCCACUAGAACCCAAAACUGCUUCAGAAGUCAGCAAGAAGUCGGACUUGUGGUCUGCUCUCUCCUGUGGAUAUGUAAAUUCCCAAAUAAAAUAUUGCAGUGGA